UGAAAAUAUCGGAUUUGUGCCGUUCACGCUGUCAUAACAUGAUCAGAUAGGGUCCAAAAACAAAAAACAAACCUGAUUUGAUGCACUCUCGCCUGCAGUGUGAAUGUAGCCUUAGUGUAAGUUCUGUGGCUUCAUAACAUUUGGCAGUUGGAAUCCCUGUCGCUUUCACUGUGGCUUUUGUGCAGAUCUCCCAUUUACGUUACUAUGCUGCCACUAUGUAACGGAGCGAAGGUGAUUUUAUUUCCACAGUGUUUUUUAAAGGAGGGAAAUCUUCCUCCAAACGGACAGAGCAGUGGAGCCGCCAAGGGAAAGCACACAAAUAAAAACUGUAUAGUUAAAAUAUAAUUUAUUAUAUUUAAAUAGUUAAAAAUAUAAAAUGAAUUAAAACAACCCUGGCCAGGGGACAACAUGGUAAAAAUCAAUAAAACACAACAUUAAAAGUCCAGUGGUGUCCGCCAACUGAGCAUUUCAGUUUUGUCUGACACAGGAGUGGAGUCAAUAAUUAAAUAAGGAGGUAGAUCGGAGGAAUAAGAGCUAGCAGAGAGAGACUGGUUUGCCAAAACCUCCUAGGGCAGGGGUCACCAACACGGUGCCCGCGGGCACCAGGUCGCCCGCAAGGACCACAUGAGUCGCCCGCGGGCCUGUUCUAAAAAUAGCUCACCAUAACAACUUACCACUGGGGGCAACUACAAUUGUUAGAAGAGUGUCGGCUAUGUCCGGGAACUUGGCCGAUCAGUUGGAUCAGGAUCUGGCAAAGUGCAGUUGGUUUAGCAUCCAGUGUGACGAGUCCGUCGACAGCAGCAGUACAGCACAGCUGGUGGUCUUUAUCCGGAUGGUAUUUGAUGGUUUCUCCACAAAAGAAGAACUUCUGACACUACUGCCGCUAAAGACAACAACGAAGGGAGUUGACAUCUAUAACGCGGUGAAGGAGUUUUUCGCGAAGAAAAAGGUACCGUUGGAAAAGCUGGUAUCAGUGACUACCGACGGGGCUCCUGCUAUGAUCGGCCGACAUACGGGAUUCAUCGCUCACUGUAAAGGUGACACAGAGUUCCCAAACUUCAUGCAUUACCACUGCAUCAUUCACCAGCAGGCGUUAUGCCCAAAUGUGAUCGGCUUCGAGCACGUCAUGACUCCCGUCGUGAAGAUCAUAAACAGCAUCCGCUCCAGAGCUAAACAGCACAGAACAUUCAAGGUGCUAUUGGAGGAGCUGUCAGCUGAAUAUGGUGACCUGCUACUACAUACGGAAAUCCGAUGGCUCAGCAGGGGACGGAUUUUGCUUCGUUUUUUGUCACUUUUGGGUGAAAUCAAGGAGUUCAUGCAAUCCAAAGGGGAAGACACAUCUCUGCUGGAGGACACUGAGUGGACACUUGACCUUGCGUUUUUAACAGACAUUACUGGGAAACUGAACCAUUUGAACUGUGAGCUGCAAGGCAAAGGUAAGACUGUUGCUGACAUGAUAAGUGCUUUAAAUGGAUUUAAAGCCCAGAUGAACAUUUUCUCUGUGCAUUUACAGAGAAAAAAGGUGCUGCACUUUCCCUCUGUGCAGAUGGUGCUGAAAGACAAUGCUUCUGCAUCUGAGACUUUUGACAAAGUUGCAGAAAAGUACAGUCAAGUCAUAAACCGACUUGGUCAAGAGUUUGAGAACAGGUUUUGUGACCUUGAUCAGCUUGAGCCAUGUGUCUCAUUUGUUUCCAAUCCUUUCAUGAAUGUGGACACAACAUGCAUUGCUGAGCAACUAAGUUCAAUGUUCAGCUUGGAUGCUGGACAGGUGGAAAUCGAAAUUGUAACAUUGCAAAAUGACGUCCACCUCAAAGCCUAUCUGGAGGCACCAAACUUUUGGUGCCUUGUUGACACAGAAAAGUACAGUGGUGUGUGCACAGCAGCUAUGAAGGUUGCCAGCCUGUUUGGUUCAACCUAUCUUUGUGAAUCAGCCUUUUCUGACAUGAACUUCAUCAAGAACAAACACAGAACACACCUCUCCGAUGCACAUCUGCAAGACUCACUCAGAGUUGCAGUGUCAAGUUAUACCCCAGAUUACAACACACUGGUGAACAGCAUGCAAUGCCAGGUUUCCCACUAACAGACAAAGAAAGCCAUAUUAGAUGUUCUCAGUGGCAACAUUACAGUGUCAUGUCAAAGUUUAAUUUAAUUAUUGAAAAACAAAUGUGUUUGUUAAGUGUAACAUGUGACAAUUUGCUUUAAAAUGCUGCCAAUUUGGUGAAAAGUUCUGUAAAAUUUGAAAGUUGAUUUUUUGUAUGUUACAUACAUACAAAAAUAAUGUAUGUAACAGUGCAUGAUUUGUUAAAAUUUGUUAGUGGUAAGUGAAAAUCACUUCAAAAUGUAAAUACUUGCAGAGAU